ACCUGCAUUUUGCUUUUUGAAGAUACCAUCAAAAAUCACAGUUAUGCUUUACAGUAACCAUGGUAACUGCUGAAAUUCCGUGUGAGUUUUAUGGAGAUCCACCUCGAUUAUUAUAUUAGAGAGGAAAACUGUUGCGAAGGAGGCGGUCACUGCAAUAUCGGACUCGUAUUUGUAAUCUUUUUUUGAUUAACUAAAGCAAUAUGGAGCUCAUACAGCUUCUGGUUGGUCUGAGGACUACAGUAGCCAGUGUAAACGGGCUGCGGUUGUGAGGCGUAGCGGAGGUGACAUCAUGCGUCUCCAGCGCCGACGACCAGGCAACGACCGCUGCCCCUCCAUGGACCCGAAAUGACAGCCCGGAGCCGUGCAGCCAUUAAAGCCAAGCGGCGUCUGAGUUAAAAGACGAGCCAUCCAGAAACGAUGCUGUGUAAUUAACUCUAAUCUCGCUGUGGUGUACAGCUGUGUACGGCGCACCGCCUCUCCCACGCUAAUCCUACAGACACGCAAGCCUUCGUAUUUAUAUUUUGCAAAAUCAUGAUGGUGUCGCAACAGGACCACAGAGAAAAAUGGCCCAAAACAUCCACCGUACAUUAACAGUAAGUGCAAGGGCGCAUUGAGUAAAUCACUGCAACCUGCAUGGGAUGGGUGAGAAAAAUCAAAUGGUUUUGGGUUGAUCUGUAAUUUUGCUCAUUUUGAGGCAGCCAUUCUGUGUUGUUUACAGCCGUAUUGAGUAGGCUACGUGUAACGUGGCUCCCACACCAGCCAAGAUGGGAUGCAUCACAGCUUUUCUACGGAGAAUAAGACACAGGACGAAGCUGGAGCGGUUCAGAGAGCUGGGGCGACAGUAUCCAGUCUUCUGCUUUCUGCUGCUGGUCCUGCUGCUGUCCACUUUGCUUCUAAACAGGUAACAAACCAUGAAUUACAACUCUAUCAGUGUAAACCUCAAACAUUUCCAAUCUAUUCCUUGACAUGCUUAGACAUGAUCUCACUGAUUUCAGCAUGUUAUUUCUGUUUUGGUAGAUAUAUUCAUAUUAUCAUGGUUUUCUGGUCCUUCCUGGCUGGAGUCAUCACUUUCUACUGUUCUCUGGGACCUGAGUCUCUACUGCCCAACAUCUUCCUUUCAAUCAAACCAAAGAUAAAGGUGGGCCAAUUAAUGCAUUCUACAUCAUAGUAUCCCAUAACAUCACCAGUGUGAAGCUCAAAAUUCACAUUUUUAAAUCAGUUGGACAGAUAAACUCAAAACCCCAAGCGUAUAGACUCAAACACUUUCAAACAAAUGUGUUAUCAAAUCUUUAGUAUUUUCUAUAUAUAUUUUUUUAUAUAUGACACAACAUUUGUCCGUAACACAGUUGACAAAAUGAUUAAUCAAAUGUUUAUUUUCAUUAAAAUAAUUUAAGUCAUUUGAGCUUAAGCUUGCCAUUAACUUAUUUAGCGCAUUAAGGGUGUAUAUCAUAGAAACAUCUAGUUUAUUUAUCAAAAAAGAAUACUGAUAUUUUGAGUUUUUGGUUGACUUGAAAUGUACCCCUAAUUGUAGAAUGACUCAGGUAUGUCAUUUUGUGUUAUAGAUUUCUUGAAUACCCAAGCUCUAUGAGUGAGAGUGGACAGUGAUAAUAAUAAACAUUAAAUACAGUUUGAUGCACUGAUAUUCAAUAAAUGAGGCACUCCAUACUCAUAAUUUAAGUUUUUUCUUGCUGCAUUGAAUGAUGGGUAUGAUUAAUGUGUGAGCUGAUUAUUUGUUAUAUGUAACCUCUCUUUUGCAGACAUACCAACAAGAGCUAUUUCCACUGGGCCAUAGCUGUGCUGUCUGUGGGAAUAUCAAAUGCAAGAGGCACAGGUGAAAUAAUUUGUGGUGGGAGUGGUUUUACCAUGUUAUAGUAUGACCCGAUAAUCUAGAUAAACUGUGAUUACUGAUACCAACAAAGUAAAGGUCAUGUGUAAUCCUGCCUUUGUUUUAUCAGAUAUGUUUUGCCAACAUGCAUUUGAUCUUGCACUGUGAAAUACCUGUUUAUUAAGCAAUAUAUGAUCCUACACUGCCAUCUAGUGGUUAGACAAUAUUCUUCUUUACAUUAUACUAUUAUACACCAGUGUUGCUUGAUUUUGUUCUCUUAAUUUAUUCCUAGGCCUACUUUAUUACUGGAAAACUAUCAACCAUGGCUUGAUCUCAAAGUCCCCUCCAAAGUAGACGCUUCACUUUCAGAGGUAAGAAAUGCGCAUGAUUUUGAAAAUGGUUGUUAAAUAUCUAUAUUUUCCAAUAAUACAUCUCUUUUUUAUGUUUGUUUUCAAGAUUCUGGAGCUAGUUCUGGAAAAUUUUGUCCAUCCAUGGUAUAGGUAAAGCUAAUUAUUUUUGUACUUUGUAAGACAGAUUUAAUUUGGCAUUUGUUGUGUCUUGUGACUGAUGUGACUGUAUUGUGCUUCUGUUCAGAGACAUCACUGACGAUGAGGCGUUUGUUGAUGAGUUAAGAGUGACUUUACGUUUCUUCGCUGCUGUGUUGGUCCGCCGAACACAGAAAGUAAAAUGAAGUUACUCUAAAGAGGUCAAAUCUUUGGAUACUGAUUGAUUUAGGCCUAAAUUUCUAACACACUUCUCCUACCUUUCAGGUAGACGUGGCAUCCCUCAUCACAAAAAAGCUUCUUAAAGUUUCCAUGAAGCACAUUGAAAUCAUUAGCAAAGCGAGACAGAAAGGUGCGGCUUAUCUUCCUAAUCCACUGAGUCUUUUCUUUGUGUUCUCUGUGAAAAGAAAUAUAAGACUCCUCUCUGUGUCCCUCUCUCCCCUGUAGUGAAGAAUACAGAGUUUCUUCAACCAGCUGCUCUAGAGGAAUAUGGUCCUGACCUGCAUGUGGCCCUUCGCAGUCGUAGAGAUGAGCUCCUCUACCUCAGGAAGCUGACUGAGAUGCUCUUUCCUUACAUCUUACCACCAAAAGCUACAGACUGCAGGUAACAGUGUCUGCAGAUGUGAAACAAAACAUCCUAACUUCUGCACUGACACAAACUAGCAUAGAUAAGGAUCCUUCUUUCUUCUCUUUUUUGUCUUUUUUUCCUGCUGCUAUCUCUCAGAUCUCUUACUCUCCUCAUAAGAGAAGUCUUGGCUGGUUCUGUCUUCCUUCCUUCAUUGGACUACCUUGCUGAUCCUGUGAGUGUAGACACAUUAUCAGCCAUUUUUUCCCCAAAACCAAAUCUUUUUUCUCCACUUUAAACCUUCUAUUGAGACAUUAUUUCAGUCUACAGAUCUAUUUGAUUUGGUAGUUUUGUUGUUUUAAUUGCUGCUUUAAUUUUAUAGGACACAGUGAAUCAUUUACUCUUGAUAUUCAUCGACAAUUCCCCUGUGAGUAUACUCUAUUUCGAGCUGUUAUUCAAAAGCAAUGCAAUGUGAAGUCUUUAAGUAGAGUGUACUGGCAUUUACCCAACAAGUGAAUAAAAUAGUGAUGUUUUUAUCCAGCCUGAAGUAGCCACAGAGCCCUCCUCAACGCUGGUCCCUUUCCUUCAGAAGUACUCCGAUAUACGCAACAAAAAGGCCUCUGUAAGUGUAUCAUGUGAUUAAAAGGAGCACACUCAGCAUGAUCUGCAUGUAAUACCAUACUUAGUAAUCAUUGUAUACAGUCAGGGUGUCAGGUCUACGUAGAUUAAACAAGGAGUUAGAUGAAGGACACAUGAAAGUCGCCGCCUCUCUCGAUCAUGUUUCCGUGUUUCAUCAGGUGCUGAAGCUCGAGUUGAAGGAAAUCAGAGAACAACAGGACCUUCUGUUCCGUUUCAUGAACUUCCUGAAGCAAGAAGGGGCCGUCCAUGUACUCCAGUUCUGCCUCGCAGUUGGUGAGCAUGUGCCAAACUUGGAAGUUAAAGACACCUGAGCAAAACAGAGUUUUACUGAGAUAACAUCACCUGAAAAACAUUGUAAGAUGAAAUUUUAAAAUGUAAAUGCUUUUUUUAAAUAAGUGACCUCUCUUCUGUUUUUAUUUGAGGCUUUUCGAAAUAUCUUGUGAAAAUAGCUCCAAGCCAUGCUGGGGAAAUCUCUUAAAAUUCACUCAUGUAUAAGACAGUAUAAGAAACAAGCUAUUUGGCUUUUAAAAUUUCAGAGGAAUUCAAUGACAGGAUACUGUGCCCAGAGCUGUCUGACUCUGAGAAGAUAUUGCUUCACGAGGAAGUAAAGAAGAUUUAUGAGACCUACUGUCUGGAUGAGAGCAUCGAUAAGAUCCGCUUUGACCCCUUCAUAGUGGAGGAAAUACGCAACAGUAUGUAAUGAGCAUCUUCCCAGAUACACUAAAAUGACAGUUUCUUUAAGAUGGAUGUAAAGUGUGUGUAUGAUUUUUCUUUUGAUUGUUAGUUGCAGAGGGUCCGUAUGCAGACGUGGUGAAACUGCAGACGAUGAGGUGUUUGUUCGAAGCCUACGAGCACGUCCUGUCCCUCCUGGAGAACGUCUUCACCCCUAUGUUUUGUCACAGCGAUGAGGUAAGCGUCUACGCCAUAAAUAAAUCACUGAACUUGCUAUCUUCCAGCUUAGCAAAGAGUUGCAGAAACUCGAUUAGUCUCAUCUGCUUCUUAGGCUGUUUCUCCAAAUAGAGUCAUUUCAGAAUGGUGCUGUUGUGUUCGGCAUAGGAUGAAUGUUAAUAUCCUCAGCCGGUUGUGUCUGGAGCAAACUUAUUUUAUUCCAUUUCUCUUGCGCUAUUGUCUUCCGAUCUCUCAGCCACCAACCACUUUCGGCCAUGUCAUCAAUACCACAAGCGCAACUGGCCAAUGAGCCGGCACUGGCGUAAAGCCAAGCUGCCAAGCCGAAUUUCACCCCUCAGAGAGUGUUUCAUUGAAUACAGCUGGGUGGACCAGAGCGUAGUCAUUGUCCACAGCGGGCCACAGCCCUGCAGUGUAUCUGGAGAAUUUUGUUAUUUUUUUAUGGCUCAAAAAUAAACUGUGUAGCAGUGCUUUUCAGAGAGGCAUGAAGUGGUCACUUCAAAAUAUAACAGAAUGUGUCCUUCGCAUAAGAGUUUGCUGUGUUUGCCCUGAAAUUUACUCAUGUUAUGCUUUUCCCACAUUGCUCUGCAGUAUUUCCGCCAGCUUCUUAGAGGGGCCGAGUCCCCUGCUAGGAACUCCAAGAUGAGCAGGUAGGUGUCACUUCACUAAUUCAUGAGUUAAGAUGUAACUAAAGAGAAAAUUGACAAUAGUGAUCAUAAGUAUAGCUAUUUGUGGUGGUGAUGUAUUGAUAAUGUACUCAGCAAAAGCAAAUCAACACCAAAUGUCUCACUGGUAGUUUAUUUAUCUCAGCAUUGAUUGAUCUGUGUGCAUCCACACGCACCCACCAAGUUUCUUUAUUUUCUUUGAAUUUCACUCAUAACUAUGAUUAUUUUUUUAAUGUUUAUGACACUAUCCUGAGAACAACUGCAGCAUGAAGGCAGAGCAUCAGCUGCACCAAAUAAACGUGUGUUUUAAAGCCUUAAGUAAGCUACUGUUAAAAAAAGAAAAGAAAAUAUGAGUAUUUCAGUCAUUAGUGUCUAAAAUUGAAGUUAGAAGUAAGGUGACUUGAGUCCAUUUACGGCCCCCCAUGUUUCUGUUUCGGGGUGCGGUGUGUAUGUGGCCAUUGGGGCCCUGCCACUAACUCCUUGUGCAUAUUGUUCCAGAAAUAGCCUCAGUAUGGAUGACAUCCGGUGAGUAUAAGGCAUCAGUGUUUGCUGAUUGAAAAGAAAAAAAACAAAACAAAAAAAAAACAACAGUGGCUGGCUGAGUAGUGCUGCUGCACGCGACUUACAAACAACACGUCAUUCUCGCCUGGCUACAGAGGAACCAUGUGCUGCUUUUUAUUACAGAUGAUCCGUGCUCACUGCCACCUGCAAUCAGGGCUUCAGUUCAGUGAGCACAAGCUGAUAAGACGACGAUAAUGAGGUUUAAUUUUUGGUUAAUCGAAUCUCACCACUAAAUAGGUGUUUUAUUUGUGCCUGUGCUGUGAAUGAAAAUAAGAUAAUGUGACCUCAAUCAGCUUAGUGCAUAAGUCAUCAUUGAUAAUGUUUCUAUGAAGCUAAUCAGGGGAUAACUCUAGAUUAGUCUGGGCUACAAUUAAUAAGAAAUUAACAGAUUUUUUUUCCCUCUUAAUUUGGUUUGCUUGUUUGAAAAAUUUAGCAGUGGACCCUCAGGAAGGAAGAGGGUUGAGUUGUUUGUUAUUGUAGUAAAUUAAGGGCUCUUAUUUUGAAGGCGGUUUUUAAAGCAGCACAAAAAAGGGCAAAAAUAGUCGUAGCUAAAAAGCUCUUACAGGCAAUCCAUUCAUAAAAGAACAACCAACCACAAACCUCAACUCCCUCCAUGUCUGCAGUUCAGUAACCACACCCCCCUCCUCCACUCUGCCCGUCUGUCCGCCCCCCCCUACUCCAUCUCUGUAUUGCCUCCACCGUGCUGUGUCUGUGACUGUGUGUCCACUCUGAUUCUGUAACCACCAUACUGCCCACCCUGGUAUGAUCCACGGCCCUCUCCCUCCUCUUACCCGUGGGACGUGACCCUGUUCUGCUUAUAGUUCCUGGGACUGGAGCCCCGAGUCCCCGUCCUCACUGUUCACCACCUCUGGCAGCUCUUCACCUGCAUCUUUUAACUCCCUCCAUGCCCAGUCCACGUUCACAACCUUACCAUACGGCUCGCUAUCCCACCGCCACCCAUCACCCAAGUAAGUCAGGGUCCAUCCGUGUGUCACAGGUCACUCAGUGUGAUGUCAUGCUGUCCAGUUUCCGUUGUAACCCGGGUCCCUGCCAGAAGCCUGCAUGGUGGGACCAAUGCAUGAGGCCCUGUUUUGAUUUAUUGUGCGUCUGUCCUCUAACACUGUCAGUUUGUUUAAGCUUAAGACCUGCUUUUGUUAAGAGUGCAGUGACUUUUUAAUGCCCAGUUUAAUAGUAUAUCAUCAUGGUUUAUAGAGUGAUUUCUAUCUCACCGGAUCCAACAGACACUCCCACAGUACACCUGGGAGGUUGUGACUUUCCCAGCUGGAAUUUUCUGUCCCCAAACUUGACAUCUGUUCAUGAAAUCACUGUUGUGUGCUGUGUCUGCUUCUGGCCCCGCUGCUGUAAACAACAACCCAGGCAUUUCAUUGUGAGAUGGCUGUGAAGUGUCGUCUUGGCUUUGGGUUUGGCUACCUUAGCUUUUUUUCCCCCCUCCAUUGUACAGUCAUGAUAUUUAUGCAGAUCGCAGCUCCUCUCUCCUCCCUCUACAGUUCCUCUCCUGUCACAUCUCUCAGGCUGCAUGCGCUUUGAUGAAGCCAUGCGCACCUCCUCCUUCAUGCAUUGUCUAAUAAGCUCCCUGUAUGGCCUACAGGAACACGUCAAAGAGGGGCGAGUCCUUUGGGAUCAGCCGCAUUGGCAGCAAGAUCAAAGGAGUGUUCAAGAGCACAACCAUGGAGGGGGCCAUGCUGCCCUCCUACGGGCUGGUGGAGGGGGAAGACGAUAUGGUGAGGCUGAUUUAGAAUAUUCAAAAAACACAUUUUAAAACAACUUCCAGCUUUUGUAGUCGAGUCAGAGCAGAAUACUGUUGUCUGAAAAAAGUGGUGCAAAUUACCCGGUGUGUCUGUCGUCUGAUGAAUAAUGCAUGUAAGCUCUAAAAAGACGUAUAAUUUUUUUUUCAAUGUUACUUUUUACUAUUUCACCAGAACAAAGCGUGCAACUGCAAAAAGUCCAGUGAAAACCGAGUGCUUCUCUGUACUACUGCUGCAGUAACCACUUGGGGGUGUUGGUGAAUAACGAAAGGAAAGCCACACUGCCCGCUGUGUGCACGUUAGAGUUUUCCAUAUAGAUAUCACACAUUUUAGUUCUCUAUGAAUGUUGUUACCUUUGUUCUUGGUAUGAAUUUUGAUGUUUACUAAUUAAAUAUAUUUGGAUGCGUCACAUGCUGAAUGUCCAUUUGCAGCAUCAGGAUUUCAUUAUAUGGAAACUAUUGUUAUGUUAUAUAUUGACCGUCAUCUUCAGUCGGUGAAGUGAAAAAGUUAGUUUGACAUUGGGAAAUAUAUCUGGAAUCUCAUUUUUAAAAUGAGGUUUGUUCUGCAUUUGUUUAGUGCAUGUAUGUGAGCGACAAAGUGACGACACACAAUCUUAGAGCAAUGAAAGUAAAUAAGUAUCAAACCAACAGAAUUUGAAUUUAGUUCAAUUCCCUAUUGUCUAUAAACAAAGGUGUUUGUCCGUGAGCCAAUGUCUCCUCUGGUGCUACUUGUCUGUAUCCUUUCUGUCACUCCCCUCAUUAAAGGUGGAGGAAGCCAUGAUGGUGCUGGAGGAUGACUCCCCCAUGGAGGCCGCUUCCACCCCCAGUACACCCCGAAACCUCUCAGCCUGGAACAUCACCAUCCCGUACAUUGAUUUUUAUGACGAUGACGUGAAGAGGGAGAGGAUUCCUGUGUUCUGUAUUGAUGUAGAGCGCAAUGACCGGAAAGCAGGUAAGACUCUGCAGCCCUGUCCUCUCUCUCUCUCUCUCUCUCUCUUACUCUCUCUCUCUCUCCCUCUGUGACAUCUUCUUACAGUGAGUUCUUAUUGUUCUGUUUGACAUAGUUAUGCAAUCAAAGAAAGGAUUCAACCCACAAAAAGCCAAAGCCUGGAUUACCUCGUUUCCCCACCUUUAGUGCACCUGUAUAUCAAUGACAAUAUAUACUGUAGAUGUGUGUAAGUAAACACUGCUCAGUAGUAAAGUGUGAAGAUAAAACUAAGUUACUCAAACUCAGCUAUACAAGACCUUGAAAAAAAUCAGUGUUCGCUAAAGACGCUUUGAAAUAUUUUGGUUUAAAGUGAAAAAGAAGAUCCUGUCAUUGUGCGACUACUACUUGAAAAAGAAACAUGUCGCUGCUAAUGUUCUUUUUUACUGGAUUCACCCACAGUUCAAGUCUUGUGUUAAGCUAAAACAAAUUUUAAAAAAAAAUUUCAAUUUGACACAAAAGCGUGAGUAUGUGGGCACCGGCUAGAGUUUAUCAAUGACGUUGAUGUUUUUUCUUAGCCAACACACAAUUUAAUCUUUUAUUCCUUUAUUGUCUUUUUUCUUUUUGUCCUCCUCUCUUUUUUUGUCCUGUCUUAUCUUGUGAAAGAAAACCGUGUACUUGUCAUUCUUCCAGUGGUUUUACUCUCCAUUUUUACCUCAUUUCUUUUUAUUACUUUGCUUAUUUUACUGCUUUUACAGCUGUUAUGUAUCCUUGAUUUAAUUCCUGUCAUUUAUUUGAACUGUUAUGUGGUUUAUUACAUUAAAUUUUGUAACUGCUUUUUGUACCUCUUUACAUUUCUUUUAUUUCCUUCAAUAUUUUAAUUUAUUCCUACUUCAGUUACCUUCUUUUACUGCCUGAAUUGUCUCAUCCAGUUUCUGUUUCCACUCUAUUGGGUUUUUAGUUCUCCAUCUUGGGUCCUCAAAGUCUCAAACAAUAUCCACUUUUAUUUCAUGUUGUUUUCUGUGUGUUUUUCCUGUUUGUGUUUGUUUGCAGUGGGACAUGAGACUGAGCACUGGUCCGUGUACAGAAGAUAUCUGGAGUUUUAUGUCCUUGAAUCAAAGCUCACAGAGUUUCACGGUAGGAUUUCUACUUUGCUUCGUUCACCUCGGUCUGUGCUCUGUGGGGUUUUCUCUUAAUAAGAAAUAACUCUCUAAAAUCGUACAACAGAUUUCAGGACUUCAGAGAACCUUGAUUUAAGUUAUCCUUUUGUAGUGAGGAUCCUAAUGGUCAGGCUAAUAUGUGACACAUGGAAAGAAAGCUUGUUUUUAAAUGGUUUUUGCAGCGCUCCUCUCUGAAAUCUGACUCCCUCUGCAGGCUCAUUUCCAGACGCACAGCUGCCUUCGAAGAGGAUAAUCGGUCCCAAGAAUUACGAGUUCCUCACAUCCAAACGGGAGGAGUUCCAGGAAUACCUCCAGGUAGAUGGCUGAGGAGAUCGAAACCAUCACCACUAAACUUUCUAGACAUGCGAUACAGAUUGUUUAAUUUGGAGAAAAGCCAAAUAAAGUGACAAAAUAGUCUUCUGUGCAGAGAUAGAAAAUUUAACAGCUGCAGGUUUUCAAGCAGGUAGAUCGCUAUAAAUCAGCUGAUGAGGUGGAUAAAUAUCAGUGAAGUAGAAAGUAGAACCCCAAUAAGAUUUUGGGCUUGAGAGUGACAUGUGAUGAUACUUGUUGUGUAAUGUUAACAGUAUAUUUAAGAAGAUUAAGUAAUUUUUGCUGUCAAGUCUUAGAGAUUUACAACAGGUUUGACUCAAAAGCCAAAGUAGCAAAACAAAUCAAGUGAUUACAGAAUAACUUGUGAGUCUCUGGACUAUUUUAUUUCACUGGACGAUAAGUUUACUUUGAUGGUUGGAGAUUGAUUUAAAGACUCAGGAGAUUUUGUUAGAAUCAGAUUAUAUGAAACUCAAUCUGUGUAUUUAUCUUUGCUUUUAAAGUCUAAUGUUUUUAAAAGCCACGGCACUGACGCUCUUAUUUGUGUUUACUUUGCAGAAACUUCUGCAGCAUCCAGAGCUCAGCAACAGCCAGCUGCUUGCAGACUUCCUGUCUCCUCACAGUAUGGAGUCUCAGUUCCUGGACAAGAUGUUGCCUGAUGUGAACCUGGGUACAGUAAAAAGGAGAUGGAUUUUGUCUGAAUGGCAGAGCAUAGACGACACACUGUGAUAAUAUGUUUGGUCAGCCUGGAACUUGGAGUGAAGGGAUUUAUUUUUGCUUUACAGGGAAAAUCAUCAAAUCAGUCCCCAGCAAACUGAUAAAAGAGGUGAGGAAUGUAUUUUAGGGGUUUUAUAUAACACCUUCAGAAACCACGUUAUCAUUUUUCCCCUAAAAAAUGUUUUUCUGUGUUUUCUGUCAGAAAGGGCAGCAUCUGGAGCCUUUUAUUCAGUCCUUCUUCAACUCCUGUGAGUCUCCUAAACCUAAACCCAGCCGCCCUGAGCUCACCAUCCUGAGCCCCACUUCAGAAAAUGAUAAAAAGGUUAGGUCUGGAUUUUUUUUUUUCUCUUCCUCACUCCCUGUCUGCAAGUUUAGGUGUCAGAAAUGACAUCCAAAUUUAGUUCAUGAUAACAUGAAACAAAAAGUGUGUCUUUGCUGGCAUGCAAUGACAUACGCACUCUCCAUUCUGAGCAAAAAAAGGCUUUGAAAAUUUCACUUGAGAAGUUACCAGAGGCUGAAUAGGUCUCAAAUGUUUUUAAUCAAGUUUAGUCAGCCUAUCCUGGCUAAUGAGACAUGACUGUCCAUAUCAGGGAUGAUGACAAAGUUUGAAAUGAAGGAGAACUUUACAAACUUCUUAAACAUGAAAAUAAACACGAUUUGAAGUUUUAGCCUCUUGGAGCAGAAUCGGGCUUCAGUUUUGGCACUGACGUGAUUUUUCUCUCUGGUAGCUCUUUAAUGAUCUCUUCAAAAAUAAUGCCAACCGCUCUGAGCUAACUGAGAAGAGGCACAACCAGAAUUACUUCAUGGAGAUGAUCACUGUUGAAGGAGUGUACGACUACCUAAUGUAUGUGGGUGAGUUAUCUUUUUCUAAUUACUAAAAAAUCACUGAUUUUUCAGUAUGUAUCACCGUAACUGAAGCUGUAUGCUGGGUUUUUCAAUUUCAGUAAGUUUGUCACAGUGUUUCAGUCAAGAAUAGGAAUAAAACAUCAAGCUCUUCUUGAGGUGUUCAAAAAGUGCAGGAUUGUCUAUGAAGAGGUAUAGUGCUGAACAAAUUUAUCAGAUCACCUGUCACAAAAAAAGGAAACAUAAAUAUUUGGGAAAUCUUUCAGAAAUUUGUUUUAAACUAGAAAUGGUAUUGUUGAGUAUUUGGCAAAUAACCAACUGAAACAACCAAAUAGUAAAUUUUCACACAUAAUUAACCAAAAAAACUUCACUGUUUUUAUAAACUUUUUUGACAGUUUCUCUUGCUUUAAAUCCCAAAUUUGUUUAAUAGGAUUCAAGUCUGGUCUUUGACUUGGCCAGUUUUAGUACUCCAAAUUCCUCUUUCCUGGUCAAAUAGUCUCUGCACAGCUUUGAAGUGUGUUUGGAGUCAUUGUGUUGUAGGUAUAUGAACCCACAGCCAAUCAGAUUUAGUCCAGUAGGGACUCCCUGAUGCGCUGAGAUGGUUUCGUUCAUGAAACUGGCUAAUUUGCCCGAGUCGUCUCCAUAAAUGGAAUCUUAUACCAUGGCAUCUCCACAGUGUUUCUCUGUGUGUGCGAUGCAUCUGGCAUCAAAAUGUUCCCCCACUUUUCUGUGGACAUCAACAUGAUGAUGCUGACCGAAAAAGAUCAAACUUAGACUUGUCUGUCCACAGUACCCUCUUCCAUUCUGCAACAGUCGUGUGUCUGUGCACACUGGCAAAUCUGAGGUGUUUUAGGAUGUUUGCAGGCCUCAAUGAUGGCUUUUAGUAGCUACUCUGUCAAACUGAAUUGACCUUUUUAUACCCAGAUUUUAGCUGGCUCAAGCUUCUGAUCAGGAAUGCAAGUAAAUAAUCAUGAUUUGACAUCUUGAUCAAGAAUCAAUGAUGUGCUUUACUGUAUUUUUUUGUAAAACUGUAAAUUUAAAAAAUCAUGAAUAACAAUAAUAGUUAUAUUUUAGUAUCAGAAAUAUCACUUCAGUUAAAGAGCCUUUACAUAUUUAUGUGUUAGCCAUUACAGUAACAUAAGGAUGGAAUUGGGUAAUUAUUGAUGCUGUUAAUUCACAUUACACUUACAUUAGACGGUGGUCUAAUAUAUUUGUUAAGUACUGUGUAUAGGGUUUGCUGUUCUUCCAUAGAUCACCACCAUGACAAGUCCAUAUCUGUGCCCUGAAAACAGAGCUAAUUGUACCUUCUCUCUUUUUUCCUUAAUGUUUCCAGGUCGAGUCGUCUUCCACAUUCCCGACUGGCUGCACCACCUGCUACUGACUGGCAGGAUCCUGUUCAAAAACACUCUGGAAGCUUACACUGAUUAUUACCUUCAGCACAAACUAAACCAUGUGGUCCAGGAGCACAGACUGGUCUCUCUCAUCACACUGCUUAGAGGUACGACAGAGUAACUGAAGACUGACUGUGAUAGUAUAGUAAGUUGUGUUGAUCUUUUCAUACUCCCUCUCAUUUAAAAAGCUCAAAUACUAACGCGCAUAAUCUUUGUCCUUCCAGACUCUGUUUUUUGUGAGAGCAGUCAACCCCGCUCAGCUGAGGACAAGCAGAAAAGGGCCAAGAAGACUUUUGAGGAGAUGAUGACCUAUAUUCCAGGUAUUCAUACACAUGUAGUUUGUAGCAUAUUUACAGCAAAGCAGAACUCUUGAAUUGUAAACGUGUGAGGACAAGACAUCAGUUUUUAUAUGUUUGCUGGAUUAAACACGACUUUGGUCUGUCUCUAGAUUUCCUGGGGAAAUGUAUCGGAGAAGAGGCCAAAUAUGAAGGAGUGCGGCUCCUCUUUGACGGUCUACAACAACCAGUUCUUAACAAACAGGUACACAUAAACACACACGUUCACAAAAACUCUUUGGAGGUUUAAUUUAGUAUGGUUGUCUUUCUUGUUGUGCUAUUUAAGUCCUCUUUUUCUGUUGUCAGUUGACAUAUGUGCUGUUGGACAUCACCAUUCAAGAGCUAUUCCCUGAGCUGAACAAGGUAAACAAAUACUGGCUUUUGUGGAACCCAACCAUAUCAUGAAGUAUAACCACUUUAUUUUCAUUUGGAAGUUAUAAUCUCUGCUUGUAAUGAUUCUUGAUAGCAAAUAACUGUACUCUUCUGAUCUCAGAAGCCAUUUACUUCAGGUGCUCUCUUUUAAGUGUGACUGAAAUUACUGUAUUUGAAAUGAAUAGGAGUAUGGUUAAAACGGGUUAAAACUGAAACCAUGAUUUUUAAUGUUUUUGGAUUUUGUUUUCAUCUUAACUUUUCUUGUGCUUCCAUAAAUCUGAACCCCAUCUCUAAAAUGUGAAAUCCUUCUCUCAGCAGGCACAGAAGGAGACCUCUAUGAUGGCUCCAUGGAUGUAGCACCCCAACAGACAAUAUGAAAGGUUUAAGCUAACAUGUGGCUCAUAGCAUGUGAUCUGAGGAGCAUAAAGAGAAAUCCUGAAGCUUCUCCUGCUGUGUGUACUUACUCUGUAUAAUAAAUUGUCUAUAUAAAAACAUGUUCUUUGUUUGAUUUUAAGAUGUACAAAGUGUUUAAAAGUCUAUCAAAUAAAAAUCUGUUGAGUUGA